UGGUUGCCAGUUGAGCAAUACCUUCGCGCGCGCGAGUACGACGGACCGAGACUCGGCUGUCGCCUGUGUCAUUCGUGGUUGUUAUUGUUGUCCGAGUCCGAGGUUGUCGGUUCUGUUUUUGUUGUUUUUCGCUGGGUUGUGUGAUACGAUUGAACGGUGGUCCACGGGAACGUUCUGGAUUUUUGGAUUUGAUAAUCGGAGGCCAAUCGAGUGUGAAUCUUCCUGUGUUGUGCGAUGUUAAAACGAGCGAUGGUUCCACAGUGUUCAUGUGCGUGUGUAGGUAGAUAGGAGGUUCCGUUCGGUUUCGGUUCCUCUCGUUCCGGCUGGAUCGGUACAGGUAUUUUUCAGGCUCCAUAAUGCUACGGCUGCACCCCAUCCGUGUUGUUGUCUCCUCCAACUAUCUGCCAGUGUAGUUCGGUGUGCGGGCGCGCGUUUCAUAACGUUCCGGCCCGGUGAUCACGGGUUGUUGGUUCCCCCUUCGUCGUAGUCGUAGGCGCUUGAAUAAUCGAGCUGUAGCCAGCCUACACAGGGGCCUCCUCGAACGAACGAACGAAUGUCUGUGGCCGUUUGAACAUGUCCAUAUGUACCGAAAACAACCACAAGUACAAGUUACCAGCAAUUGAUGAAGCAAGUGACGAACCCUUUGGGUUAUUUUUUCGGUGUCCAACUAACCUCUGGACUUAGGGAGGUAGUGAUCAGUGAUCAGGUCGAACGACCUGCGCGGAAACCGGAAAAGGCAGGUUGCGUUCAUCGAUCGAAAAAGAUCGUCAUCGGAACCAGUGAAGUUUUCCUCGGAAGUGUGCCGCAGAACAAUCGGCUACCCAGUUGUUUUCCGAAAGUUACCUUGAGCUGUUGGGAAGUUGGCUACACCAAGAUUUUGUACGUACCCCAUUGUUGUUGGUGUUUGUAAUGGUUCGAAAUAAUAAGUUCCGCCGCUUUCGGUGUGAAAUGCAGCAACGAGUUAUGGGCCUACGUCAAGUGCAUUAUUCGAUGGCGGCUCCUCCUAGCGGAACUGUGUUGUUGCUUUCGUCGCGAUUAUUGAAGUAUUGUUAUCGUUACGAUUAACCAAACCUUUCAUCAUUCCUAGAAGGGGAAAAGUGUUGCCAGCCAGUUGCUCCCCUAGUGCUUCGCAUCUGAAGCCAGAGUCAGUGAUCAAGUCAUCAACCGGAGAACGCGAGGCCGCGUAAGAUGGGAAAAUUAGAUGAUUGCUUUCAAUUAGAGAUGAUCAGUGAUUGUGUGUGAAAGAGUGGAUGCUGCUACCAACUCAUUUGAAUGAAUUGUUGGUGUUGUUUGGUGCUAACGUCUACUUUUGUCAGUGUUGGGAAACUUGCAUACAAACAUCUCUGGGAGUAACGAGGAAGCAAUCUGAUUUCGAGUGAACGGAAAAAAGUCACAUCGAUUUCGUGUGAAGAAGAUUCAAUGGAGCUUCGUCGAAUUGGAAGGCCCAAUCCGGCAGUUAGCAUCAAUUUCAGUGUGUGGUGAAGAACCCGAAAUUUUAAGACCGGUGAGCACCAUUAUUAUUGACAACAACAGCAUCAUCAUUGAUGUGGUGAUCUGUGACGACGAAUCGAAUUCAGUGGACGCCCUAACGGAAACCGUUCGAAAAGCUUCCAGCUGAUUUGUGGUUGUUGAUGGAUAUCCGACGUAACUCAUUACACUCCAUAUGUGUCCAUUUGGGUACUUUGGUGUCCAACAAAAAAUAAUCCAAACCCCCUAUAAUGAGUUUGAUUUUUAGUGCUGGUGACACCGGGUCGUUUUCGAUCAGUCUUUUGGUGAUAGUUUGACGAUUCCGGCACAAAGUGUGAAAGUCAGUCGGUCAAACUAACCAGAAAAAAAAUUCCAAAGGAAGAAAGGCUUAAAACCCCCAGGAGCAAAUUUUACUCCCCCUGUUGUGUGUCCCGUCUUCUUGUGUUGUCCAAAGCAGUGCAUGAUCAAGUGAUUUUAGUGUUCGAGGGGCAACGAAACGAAAGUGCUUCCGGGUGUGAAGUUUUCCUGCUGCUAAAAUUUCUAUAUAUUUAAUCGUGCCCAGCUGGAUGUCUACUCCCUGGAAUUAGAUAGACGCAACGCAGUUUUGGCGAAAUCAUCAUCGACGACGCAAAUUUGAUUGGGAUCGUGUCGCGUCAAUAAAUUUUUCCUCUGUAUGGGGGGCUUAAGGAGCGACCCACCGGAACGUGGAUGUGAUUUCUGAAUGAGUGACCUGUGCACGCUGGGUUCCCGACCUGGUAUGGAGUGUGUGCCAUUGAGAUCUCCAGCAGACCCGUAUCACUAUCAUCACGUCACCGAUCAAACAAAGUCACUACAGGAAUUGCAGAAUGAAGUCGGUGCUCUACUGGAAUUCCGCGAUCUGGUUAUCGAAACCUUUCCCGACCUCAAAACCAAGAUGGCCUCGUCCGCCGCCAACAGCACACUUACCGGCAUCCCGUCGGCCUCCUCACUGGCGUCGAGACGCGAGUGGGAGCCCGGAAUACGGACCCGGCGGAAACUGACCCUAACGCAGAAGGAGGCGGUCGCCGCGGCCAUUUCCGCUUCCGCCUCCGCCGAGAUCCACCACCACUCAGCGAACUCGGUGGUCUCGUCCUCGUCGCUGCUAAUCCGGAGCCGGAGCAACUCGCACAGUGGCAGUGGCCAUGGGAGCAGCGGGGGCGUCGGCCACAACAAGAAGGAACCAAAGAGCGCUGGGCAGCAAUCGUCGUCAGCCGGAGACGGCCAGAGUGGGAGCAGCGUUGUGAUACAGGACUCGGGGUUCUCGACCGAGACGUCCUCGUCGAAGGAGACACACAGUGCCUCCUCGUCGACGGGGGGCGGCGUACAGGGAACUAUCGUAUCAAAUACACCCAACCGACUAACUGUAGAUACCGAGGACGAACUGUGGAAUUUACUAGAUGUGAUACAUAGGAAAAGCAAUCGACUCCGGGAGGAGGUGGACGCGCUGCAGCAGCUAGAGCGGGAAAAGUGUCGAACGACGGCAACAGCAACAACUACAACAAAUCUGCUUAUAAACAACAGCAACAACAAUAAUCACACGAACAUCGUUACUAGCUCCAGUAGUAAUCAUAGUAAUAGUAGUAGUAGCAAUAACAACAACAAGAAUAGUAGUAGUAAUAGUGAUAGUAGUAGUAACAAAAGUGGCAACCUUCCUCAUCACGGGACCACGCCUCUGAGUGGUCUGACGAAAACCUUUCAAAACCAGCUGCUGGUGGACGUUGUAAAUAAGGAUGAUGUACAAAUUUUACGGAAAGAGCGGGACCGACUGUUUGACAAGCUGUCCGAGUAUGAGGCGGAAGCGAUCGCGGGCCGGAUACGGGCCUCCAAGAUGCAGGACGAGGUCGACGCGCUGGCGUCGGCCAAGCGGGAUCUGGAGGACCAGCUGAAGGCCGCCCUCAGCCAGAAGCUGGAACUGAACAGUAAAAUUCAUGAUCUCCACCAGCAGUAUGUAAAUAAGAGUGCGCCUAGUUCACCCGAGUCAAUCAAGGGACGACAAGUGGCAGCGCACGGCCACUUCCGGAAGCAUUCCUCGAGCGAUUCGACGGCGACGACGAUCGUUAUCGGUUCCUCGCAACUCUCCUCGUCGCCGUCAUCGACCACCUCAACGACGACGUUCCAUCACCCUCAUCAACCCUCGAAGUCGCAACAACACUUUAGUCAGUCCAGUAGCAGUUUUGCGCCGGUCAAAAAAGUGAUACCCCAUCCUUCCACGGAUCAUACGCAAUACCAACUACUGCAUCAGGAAAGUCGAUCCAGUUCGGCCGGAUCUACCAGUGAAGAUCGGUUACAGUUUCCGGCGGCGGUAUCCGGGGAGCUACAGCUCGGGAAGUUGGAUGGGCUCAUCAGUUCCCCGGCCCGGCUCAACAAGGUGCGGAUGCUCGAUUCCAAGCGGAUAUCGGCCAUCCUGCUGGAGACGAAUAUCGUGGAACUGCAAAGGCAUCUGUUGACCAUUACGGUGCAGAAUCAGAUCCUCCAACAGCGGCUAGAGUCGGCUACCCGGUACCGAAUUUCGUUCGGUAAAAAGUGGGAAAAAUCCAAAGAGGACAUCGAGGACCUCAAGUUUCAGCUUGAAGAACGCACCAUCGAGCUGGAAGGUACCAAAGCCCAGCUGCGGAUCCUGGAAGCGAAACAAAGCGGCGGUGGUGCUGGAAUCGGUGGCAGCAACGCCGGAAGUAAAUCCUCGGUAUCCUCUUCCUCCGGCUUCAGUCCGGAACAUCAUGGGGUGGCGGCCAAGAUGGUGACCACCUCGGCCGGUGGCAUCGUCAGUCACCGACAGACGACCUCUACCUCGGAACUAUCCUCACCAGUUCACCAUCAUCAGCCAACCAGUAACUACCACCACCAACAGCAGCAGCAGCGGGAUUUGACGUUAAGGUUACAGCAGAGUCAGGUCUCGACGCCCAGCAUGAAAGCCAUGAUCCCGUUGGCGAUGGACGAAGUGCUGCACCAUAGCAGCAGUACCGAGUCAGCCCAGGAUCAGGCGGAACGGGAAGUUGUUGGCGGUGGUUUGGGUGGUGGGGUGAGUAAAUUACAGUGUCCGGAGACGCCGAGGAGGAGGCCCAGUAAGAUUCCUUUGCCGGGAACGAAAGGGUACGUUGCGCCAAAGCCUCCGACCGGAAGAAAUUUUGUGGCUGGCAACACAACUAGUGGGACGAGGCAGGAGAAAAGUUCCCCAUCUCCUUCCGGUUCUUUGACGAAUAAGUCCCUGAACAAGAGUACCGGUAGUUUGUAUUUGAAAUCUGUAGGUCCUAGUUCGAUAACUAGUGCUAAUAGGAAGGAUAUCAGUCUGAAUCGACCUGAAUCGGCACAGAGUUGGCGAAGGGAGGCAUCCCUGGAGAAGAGCAGAAGUUCCUCAAUCCCCGUUUCUAAAGGUUCACCGGUGUCGAAAACGAUCGGAAUGGUCCCACUGACGACGGUCGUUAGUAGUUCGCCACAACCCAAGGCGAAGCGAGAUUCCCUGACGACGCGGGUGAAAAAUCUAGACUCGCUUUCCCGAUACCAAUCGGCCUCGGCCUCGACCGGUAAUCUGAGUUCCUCUAAGUCCAACUCCAAGAAGGAUCUGAGCUCGAGUUUCACAACCGGUCAGCUGCGCGAUCGGAAGCAAAGUGCCAGUACGAUCCGACGUGUUAGCAGCGCUUCCAUCGGCCGCAACGUGGAUGGGUCCUCGAUUGCCGAUGGGUCCAGCGGAGGAAACAACUCCACUUCCUCCAACUCCGGCAGCGUGGCCGACAACGGAAAGGCCCGAAGAACCAACACAUUCCGAUUGGCAAAGCCAACCCUGAUGCCACCAGCAGCACAAGCGCUCGUCGGCCUAUCGGUUCUGACGGCUCCCACGAACCCACGUAUCUGUCGGCUGCCGAUUCCCCCGCUGAAAUCGAUCCCCCGCCAUCCGAUGGUUUUGUCUCAGCAGACCAAGUCGUCAGUUCAGAAGCCACCUCUUCGUCGACAAACGUCUUCCAUCAGCUGUAGCAGCGGUAGUAGUAGCAGUGGUUCGUCUUCGUCUUCGACGACGACUGGAGGUUCUUCACCGUCUUCGGUAACUACGAUCACGACCGUUGGGUCGCAGCAGUCUUCGUCUUCCGUGGGGCAACCAAUCCCAGCAGCGAGGGAUCUGAUUGGGGAAUACCUGGCGGCGAAGAAUCGAUCUCCACCGGAACCGCCGGCCAUUUUUAGCCCUCCCAAAGUCAGCCAUUCGACGAGUAAUGGUGGUAACAACGUUGAAGCCGAAGCGAACGAAGACGAAGUGGCGCUAGCCUACAAACACCCGAUACUGCUGAUGAACGACGAGGACGAUGAGCCAGCGUUCUGCAGCGUAGUUUCUAGCGUUGGAAAGGAGAGGAAUCGCGAGAUGGAGGUGAAGUUCGUGGAUGAUAACUCGAUUGAGCUGUUGGAUGCGGGAACUCGUGGCUGUGACGAGGUUGGAGAAGGUGAAAAGGAAUCGCUGAUUGUACCGAGACCGAAGAUGAUUGCCUUUCACUCGUUGAAGAGCUCGGUUGAGAACAGCUCAAUCGGUGAGGUCGAUCCCAAGGGUCGACUGGUGGGUAAGGUUAAUCCGAACAUUUUGAAGACUUGGGAGCAGCUUAGUGGAGGAGUCGAGAAGGGUUGCGAGGAACAGAAUCGGAAGAGCAGCUUGAUAACGGUGACUUCUUCGGAGAACAGCGCAGAUAGUAAGCAAAGCUGUUUGCUGUUCUGUCCCAAUCAGUACAACCUGACAGAGGAACCAAGUGAGUUUCGGGUGACCCGAGUGAGGCACAAUUCGGCGUCGAGCAACUCCACGACUGUGGCCGAUGAGCGAAACGCAACAACUGCUUCGGUUUCUAUGGCAACCACCUCGACAACGACUACUGAGACCAGUUCCGAGGGUUGCUACGAUUUCUACGACAGUAUCGACGAUGAUGGAGCUAGUCGGCUGGCUGAUUUCGGAGCUGGCCGUAUUCACGUCGAAGACGAUGACGAAUACGACGCUCUGGCGGCCGGAGAAGGAAUGGCCGAGUUUACUUCGUUGGAUCGGACCAAGUUUAUGUGGUCAAUCGAUGUGGAGUAGCGAUGUUGAAAGUUUCGCAGGGUUCUUAGUGCUAAACUAGGUAGCUUGAAUGGCAGGGAAGUUAUUAUGUUUGUGUGGUCGUGUGAAGUUCAGUAUUGUUGACAGUACGUUAUCCCAAUAAACAGGCUUGUAUUAUCCAGCAUCUAUUCUUUCUAGAAAGUCAGAGGUCUAAAUCAAAGGUUCAGGGGAAGUUGGUAAAGGUCCCAAUACCAUGAUUUUUCUUAUUACUAGAUCUAGUCAAAGCGCGUAGAUUUAGGUUAGAUUUUUUGAUACAUUGUCGGUAGGACUGACGACUUGAAAAAAAAAAUAACUUCAAUGAGGACAACCCAACGAAACCUCAAUCUUCGAUUUGAGACACUCAGACUGAAUACUUAAACACAAAAAAAAAAACAGUAAACCGUCCAGUAAAACAAAAAAAAUCAACGCAAUUUUAACAAAAAAAAACAAACAAACGCCGUUUGCUCAAUAGUGAUUUGCGGGUAGCAAAUCAUCGAAUUGACGCUAGACUUGUAAACAAAACACACAGAGUCGAAACAACUACUAUAACUAUAAAUAACAUAGAGAACCAGAAAUACAAUGAAAUCACGUGUAUUUUUGAUAGAAACGAAUUCUAACUACAAUAGACAAAAACCGGUGAAAAUCAGUAAAAAUUUAUAAAAAGAAACAAAGAACGUAUAAAAACAUUCCAUACAAUCGAUAGAAAAAUGGGUAUAGAGCAACAACUAAACUACACAAGAAAAAAAGCAAACUUUAAAAAACGCGGUCGAUUGAUGAAAGUAGACCGUAAACAAAGAACAGAAAAAAAACAAACCCAAAGCGAACGCUCUGAUAUAUUUUUGCUAAAACUAUCAAUCAAUCAACUUUUCCUAACUAAGACUUUAAAAGAAUCACAAACCGAGGGAUUGGAUCCCGAUUUCUCUCGAGAAAAAUAAAUCCUCCCUCAUCCAGUAAAAUCCUUAAUAGUACUAUUAUUACGAAUACAUUUAAAAAAAAAUCACACUUCUAGGAAAGCGUUGAAAAACGUAUCGAUCGAAAUUGGUCAUGUUUACAAAAACAAAUCUUUGGCAACUGGUGGAUGAUGUCAACAACAACCAAAAUAUUUUGCGAAAUUCUAUUUUUGAAACGGAAAACUUUCUCCAAAAAACACUUUACGAAAAUUGUUUAUGCACUGAAACAAAAUAAUGGAUAAGUUUUUCGUAAGAUUUCAUUUUUCAAUUAAAAUUCGAUACAAAGAAACUAAACCAAAUGGGAGUAUAUCGUUAGAUCUGAAUUGAUUAAAAAAAUUUUAGUAAAACAAUUUUGACAAUCGUUGCCAGCGGUCAAAGUUUAAAGUUUCCAAAAGUUUUGUCGUCUUUAAAAUUUCAUAAGAGAAACAUAUCGUUCCAAAUCAACAACAAAAAAUACGAAGCCUACUUCGGACCCCAAUUUUUUUAUCGUUGCCUACUUUGAUGGGAAAGGUCUCUCAACUUUUGCGGUAAAGACUUCCAAAAUAAGUAUAGGCGUUGCUUUCAAUCGCCACGUCUACCGAAUGCCGAUACUCCAAUUUUUAGGUAAACAAAAAAAAAAAACAAAUACACUGUUAGCGGAAAUAAAUCAUUUCAAAAGUUUACUCAUUCUUGGUUUUUUUUUUAAUUCAAUUAGACCAUACUCUGAGCUACUUAAAAAAUUUUAAAAAAAAUGGAAUUCUGUAAUUUACAAAAACUAAAAGGCCGGCGAAGUUGAGUGAUUUUUUUCUAAUAAAAACAGAAGGCAUUAAUGAUCCAUCAUUCAUCCCACAACUACUGUAAGCUGAGCUUAAAUAAUUUCCGGAAAGGUUUUCCACGACUUUAUUAGGUAUUUUAAAAAACAAAACCAUAUUCAAUUGGAAGGUUGCAUUAUCAGCAGGUUAGAAACAAAAGUGAGGUUAAAUGUUGAAUCAUUUAGAAAACAAA